AUGGCGCUCGUGCGAAACGGCGCGGAUCACCAGGGGGAAGAGAGCGACGGCAACCCGGUGGUGGCUCCUCCGAGCCCCAAGCGGCUGAGGGCGGCCGAGCGGGACGGGGUGGGGGGAGGAGUGGGAGGUGGUCGCGGCUCGGGCCCCCGGUCGCUCGGUAACCGGGUGACGGUGGUGCUGGGCGCCCAGUGGGGGGACGAGGGCAAGGGGAAGGUGGUGGAUCUGCUGGCGCAGGACGCCGACCUAGUUUGCCGCUGCCAGGGUGGGAACAAUGCCGGACACACGGUUGUGGUCGACUCUGUCGAGUAUGACUUCCACCUCUUGCCCAGUGGUGUCAUCAACAAGAAUGCCACAUCCUUCAUCGGCAAUGGGGUAGUUAUUCACUUCCCCGGACUCUUCGAGGAAGCAGAGAAAAACCUCCGGAGGGGCAAAGGUUUGGAAGGAUGGGAGUCGAGGACAGUGAUCUCGGACAGAGCCCACAUAGUGUUUGAUUUCCACCAGGCAGUGGAUGGUGUGCAGGAGCAGCAACGUCAGGAGCAGGCCGGCAAAAACCUGGGAACCACGAAGAAGGGCAUUGGGCCUGUGUACGCGUCGAAAGCCUCUCGCACCGGCCUCCGGAUCUGUGACCUGCUGUCGGACUUCGAGGAGUUCUCAAAGCGCUUUCGGGUGCUUGCCAGUCAGUAUAAAGCCAUGUACCCUACAUUGAGCGUGGAUGUCGAAGGCGAGUUGGAAAAGCUGAAGGGAUACGCGGAGAGGGUCCGGCCCCUGGUGAAGGAUGGUGUUUAUUUCAUGUACAAAACCCUCCAUGGGCCUCCCAAGAAGAUCCUGGUGGAGGGGGCUAACGCCACGCUCCUGGACAUCGAUUUCGGUACCUAUCCUUUUGUGACCUCCUCGAACUGCACAGUCGGGGGGGUGUGCACAGGACUGGGGAUUCCCCCUCACAACAUUGGCGAGGUAUACGGUGUGGUGAAAGCCUAUACUACCAGGGUGGGAGUGGGUGCCUUCCCCACAGAGCAGUGUAACGAGCUGGGUGACCUGCUGCAGAGACGGGGACGGGAGUUUGGAGUCACCACGGGCCGGAGGAGACGCUGUGGUUGGCUGGACCUGGUGCUGGUGAAAUACGCUCACAUGAUAAAUGGAUUCACAGCACUGGCUCUCACUAAACUGGAUAUUCUGGACACACUUGAAGAGAUAAAGAUUGGAAUCGGAUACAGACUGGAGGGGAAAACUAUCCCUUACUUUCCAGCCAACCAGGAGGUGCUGCACAAAGUCCAGGUUGAGUAUGUGACGCUCCCGGGGUGGAGCAGGAGCACAGAGGGUGUCCGGACCCUGUGCGAGCUGCCUGACAACGCCAGGAAAUAUGUGCGAUUCAUCGAGGACAACGUCGGAGUGCCAAUUAAAUGGAUCGGGAUCGGCCAGUCUCGGGAGUGCAUGAUCCAGCUGUUCUGAGGGCCGUUGGAAUCGCAGAGGGAGAGAGAGAGAGAGAGAAGGAGAUGUGACUUCCCCCCCGACCUCGGCACCUCCUCCCUGACUGACACCCCCACUUCGAGGAGAGCAGGUCUCCAUUUCUCUGCAGAGAACGGUUGAAAGCUGCUCCCGUUGGUCCUGCCUCGAGCUGUGAUCUGGAGUCGGUGUAGGCUCUCUCCGGCCACGCUACAUCUCAGUGUUACUCGGGAAGAUAUAUAUGGUGAAGUUGUCUGCCAAAAACGAUCCUGCAUUUCACGAAGGUGAGAGAGUGAGAGAGACCCCUGUACGCAUAUUUUUAUUCUUUAUAUUUUUUUUAAAUUGUCACAGCGAACAUUUUGGGAAUGUCUUUAGAUUUCAUAGUCCAGACACUCGUACAAGAGCAGAUAAAGUAUUGGCAGAUCUACUCCGUCCAGUCAGCUGCUGAGCGACACGCGGGUGGCUUUGAUGCCGACAUUAACCUGGUUUGGUAGGAGAAACAGCUGGAAUUAACCCCCUGCCUCUCUCCCCCCCAACCCCCCCCCGGGCCGGUGCCCCGCUAGCUCAGGGAGGGAACGUGUACAGAGACACGCACGCGCUUACUCCCCAGGUCUCAGGUGCGGUUAGUCGACUUCCCAUUGUCCUCAGUACCACCAUCAGCCAGGGUGGUGGGGGGGCAGGGGGACGGGGAAACAAGAUCAUGACCCGGCUUCCCGCUCCUGAUGUCGGGUAAAGGACAGGAUUAGGCCGGGGCUACGAAGGCCACGGUGGCCGACUAGCCUGGCAACUCUUGACUGCCUGGCUUCACCCAACGCAGGUGGUUAAUGUUCGGGCCUUGGUUCCCGCGUCAAUUGAACUCUCUUCCCCACCCAACAACUCUCAGAACACAGCUGAGGAGAGGAGCGAUACUAGUGCAGUGCUGUCUGUGUCUGCGUCUCUGUCUGUAUCUGUGUGUCUCAUGUACAUUGCUCCAGAUCCUAGGGGCAGGGGUCCUCGACGCUCUCUCCGGAUGCCAUCCACCCCACCCACCCUCUCUGUUUGCAAUCCAAUCCAGGCACCAGGGGGAGACUCUGUUUGUGCAGGGUGGUUUAGAUAUCUCCUCUGGGAGAGCAGUGUGAGGGGGAGACUCUGUUUGUGCAGGGUGGUUUAGAUAUCUCCUCUGGGAGAGCAGUGUGAGGGGGAGACUCUGUAUGUGCAGGGUGGUUUAGAUAUCUCCUCUGGGAGAGCAGUGUGAGGGGGAGACUCUGUAUGUGCAGGGUGGUUUAGAUAUCUCCUCUGGGAGAGCAGUAUGAGGGGGAGACUCUGUAUGUGCAGGGUGGUUUAGAUAUCUCCUCUGAGAGAGCAGUGUAAGGGGGAGACUUUGCGCAGGGUGGUUUAGAUAUCUCCUCUGUGAGAGCAGUGUAAGGGGGAGACUUUGCGCAGGGUGGUUUAGAUAUCUCCUCUGUGAGAGCAGUGUAAGGGGGAGACUUUGCGCAGGGUGGUUUAGAUAUCUCCUCUGUGAGAGCAGUGCACAUGGAUAUGCACUGAGGGUGGCAUAA